AUGGCUCCGUUGACGCGAAGCAGAAAGCGAGUUCAAGGCAGACGUGUACUAAGCAGUGCAAUAAAGCUCGACAACCUUGCUGCGCAAAACAAGCGAGCGAAGCACAAUGACGACGAAGAGUCUGAAUCCUCCGAUUCAGCGCCACUGCACCCUCUCCAUCCUGAUCUGAAUGGGUCACCGAGGACAGAACCACGAAAGCCCAGAGCCCCAACUGGUCGAAACGAGGGAGCAGAACAGAAUGACGAUGAGGAGUUUGAGUUGCCACUCGAGCCAGUCCAUCCUGACCUAGGAGGGCCUAUCCCGGAAUGGCCGCCAGGACCAGGCUCGGAAUAUAACUCUUGCGCUACAAGUUACCAAUCGCAAUACCGCGAAUUUAGGAGGAAGGAUGUAGCCGCUUACCACACAUACUGGAUGGAGCGACUGGAGGAGGAGGAGGAGGAGGAGGAGCUCAGGCAGCACUACAAGAACUUGAGGCGGGAGCGUGAGAAGCAGCAGAAGGAGCGGGAGAAGCAGGAGACGGUGAGAGAGGAACAGAGUGAGGAUGAGGGGAACAAUGACGAGUAA